AUGUCUGUCGCAACAUCAGGAGGACCAUCGGUCGUCAACAGGCUCGUCAAGUUAUCCGCCUUAACCAUUAUUCACCAGGAUGGGUCUUUUUUCGAACGAUGUGACUUGAGUACUUUGCCAAGAACUGUUCUGCAAGAACUUCUUGUGGCUUCCGUUUCUCUUUCGCGAAUUCUUGUUUUCAGAAGUUUAAUUGUUAACUGGCCGCUCGAGCAAGUUGUUCUUCAGAAAGUCUCAGGCUUCGACGAACCAAAAGCGGUUCUUCUCGCUUACUGUUUGCAAAGAACGCAAAAUAGUGUAAAGCUUAUAGACAUACGAGGAUGUAGNCCAUUAUUCACCAGGAUGGGUCUUUUUUCGAACGAUGUGACUUGAGUACUUUGCCAAGAACUGUUCUGCAAGAACUUCUUGUGGCUUCCGUUUCUCUUUCGCGAAUUCUUGUUUUCAGAAGUUUAAUUGUUAACUGGCCGCUCGAGCAAGUUGUUCUUCAGAAAGUCUCAGGCUUCGACGAACCAAAAGCGGUUCUUCUCGCUUACUGUUUGCAAAGAACGCAAAAUAGUGUAAAGCUUAUAGACAUACGAGGAUGUAGUAUUGGUGAGUUUGAUGAAAAGAGAGAGGCCUUUAAACCUUCUAAAGUAUUCCUUAUAUUUGUGUUCAAUUAAGUUCACAUGGCUAAUAAUAACAUCUAUCUGACAAAUAAGUCACCCAUCCCAAUUACUUUUUAAUAGGAAGGCACAAUAUUGUACUGUGUCUAAGUCAAUUCCUUAAUUCUAUACUUUGCACAGAAGCGUGAAGAUUACUUGGCUGACGAGCCAUCUCUGGUUUCUGUACACAGCACUUGUUCACUAGUCUGCUACUUUUGCAGACCAGAGAAAUGACUUCACAGUGUUCAACCACUUUCAUUUCAUUUUUUUUCUGUAGGCUUUCAAGGGACCACGGCAUUUUGUAAGCUGGCUGUCAAUCUUCCAGUUUCAGACAGUGAUGUCUCUGGAAUGAAAAUUUUAGACAUGCGCUCUUCAAACAAUUUGUUCAAACAGAACAAUAUAGCGACAGAUCUUCCCAAACGAAGAAUUCCUCCCGUGGUUGUGAUGCUUGAUGCUGUUGUUGAUGCUAAAAACUGUGCCCUUGCAAUUCAAGCUUGCACUAAUCAUUUAUUCAUAGAGUUGAAAAUGUCACAUGUAACAAUGCAUGAAGUUCCAGGAGGAAGGGACAUCUAUUCUCUUUUAACAACUUUAGAGGUGGGUUGAUCAUAUUACAGUGACUGAAUGUCCUGUUGGCAGGCCACACCCCUUUUACACUGGUUAGACAUAGUGGCAUGUGUGAAGGGGUGGAGGAGUACUCAUAUGUGCUACUAUAAAGGAUAUGGUUCUUAAAUUAAAAGAGUGGAAAAGCUAACUACUGGCUUAUCAAAAGGGAUUAUAAUUUUGACCAGAAAAAUUAUUAGAGGUAACAUCCCGUCUGAAGUAAUAACUUGAGGUGGCAAUUUCACGACAAUUGAAAACAUAUGUCAGGCAGAAACUCCCUCAAACUAGAAAUAAUAAAUAUUGUAAGGUGUUGCUGUAAAUGCUUGAGUCAGUGCCCUACAUUAGGCUAAAAAACAAACCAAGUGCCUCUUUCAAAUAAGAACUUGAGGAUAGCAAAAGAACCUGAUAACAAGAUAUUAUAAACCAAGAAAAUGUUCAAAAAACAAACACACAAAUUUGGGUUUACACUUACAGAUGAUCCUUGUUGUCCUGUUCACUAAUUAAGUUUUCAAUCAUUUUAAACAAGAACAAUUUUGUUGUUACAUGUUGAGGCUGAAAUUCUGAAGAUGUAUAGAUGUAUAGCUACUAGGUAGAAAAGCUGUGAAUAAACCGCUAAAUUAUUACUAUUAUUAUUAUUAUUAAGAACAAACUAAGCACCCCCUACAAAUAACUGCCCCCACCCUCUUGCCUGAAAGGGGUACCAUUUUUAGGCUUCAGGUAUAUGAAAGGGUUGGGAUUUCACAAGUUGAAUUUUUUUAUGAAAGGGUAGGGGAAAUCUGUCAUUCUGUUCUGUAAAAAGGCCCAAAUGGACUGACAAUCCACUUUAUGGCUCUGAAAAAGUUCAAGAAACAUUCUGUUUUUGUGAUUUAUUAAUAUAAUUUUUAAGACAGUUCAUUUAUGGCAGUUACAAGGGAUCCGGGGGGGGGGUACUUUAGGAAUUUCUGGGUGGGGAUGUGCCGCUGGGACCCGGGAACCCUUAACCUAUACCAGAGCUAGUUCAGCUAAUAUGUGCUACCCUAUACUAGAGUAAACUCCCCAGAUCCCCCCUAUCCUAGAGUAGCUGUUUCCCUAGUCUAGAUAAAAUCUUCAACCAACUGAUCAGUUUCCUGAAAAAUGAUACCCUUUUCUAGACCCAAAUCUUUUGAUUUAUAUACCCUAUCCUAGAGUAAACUGCUUGAAAACCAUACCCUUCACAGCGGCACAUACCUAUAAAGCCCAUAUAUAGCAGUACCCCCCGGGCAAGGGAUCCAAAAUUCUCAACUAGGUAUGUGAAAGGGGUACCAUUUUUCAGUAGAAGGUAUAUGAAAGGCCUGGGUACAUUUUCUGUCAAGAAUGGUAUGUUAAAGGGUAAGGGGUUGGACCUCAGUACGGAGCCUCGCUGUAUAAAACUUUGUUGAGUGCCCCCCUCUGUGUGUGAAACACUAAGCAUGUAAUGUAUUAAAUUUUUCUUUCAGCCUGAAUUCACCACAGGUCUUGAUCUGUCAUUGAAUGGUUUACAACAGCAGGGAAUCCUGUCUAUCUCACCAGCACUGCUGCCUCUGACAAAUCUCAUGGAGCUCAACCUUUCCUACAAUAUGAUUGGUCACAGAGACACAUGUGCUAUUCAGCAGGUAGCAACAAUGUGCAGUAACCUGAGAAGACUGAAAAAACUUGACCUGUCUGGUAAUUACAUCAAAGCAGGAGUUGGCAUUAUUCUUCAGUGUUUGCAGUCAAAUCUCACACAUCUGGCACUGAGCGGAUGUGGUGUUGAAGAAGGCAACCUUCAUAAAAUGUGCUCNCUGUAUAAAACUUUGUUGAGUGCCCCCCUCUGUGUGUGAAACACUAAGCAUGUAAUGUAUUAAAUUUUUCUUUCAGCCUGAAUUCACCACAGGUCUUGAUCUGUCAUUGAAUGGUUUACAACAGCAGGGAAUCCUGUCUAUCUCACCAGCACUGCUGCCUCUGACAAAUCUCAUGGAGCUCAACCUUUCCUACAAUAUGAUUGGUCACAGAGACACAUGUGCUAUUCAGCAGGUAGCAACAAUGUGCAGUAACCUGAGAAGACUGAAAAAACUUGACCUGUCUGGUAAUUACAUCAAAGCAGGAGUUGGCAUUAUUCUUCAGUGUUUGCAGUCAAAUCUCACACAUCUGGCACUGAGCGGAUGUGGUGUUGAAGAAGGCAACCUUCAUAAAAUGUGCUCCCUCAAAACACUUGGGCAUUUAAAGUCUUUAAGGCUGGAUGGCAAUGGAUUAGCAAACUACGUUGAUCCUUUGUGUAAUUUCAUCAUCAAAUCAGCCAGAACACUUGAGCAUUUAUCAAUAGAGGACAAUAUGUUAGAUUCAUCCAAUGUAACACCUCUUUGUCAGAUGGUAAAACAGCUGAACUCACUAAAGAUGUUGUCAUUGUGUUACAAUCAUCUUUUACCUGAUGACAUAAGAACAUUCAGGGAAGAGUUUCCAGCACUUGAGAUAAUUAACAAAGACUGGCUGUUUUAA